UUUUUGUUGUUUUCCUUUUUGGAGACGCGUGUGUGUGUUUUGCCCGUGUGAUAAUUUAUUUAUUUUCCCGUUCCGUUUGUUUAUGCACUAUAAUUUAAGUUAAGUUUUUAGCACAGGCGCAGGACCAGCAACGGCUGCACCAUGGAGCCCCCCGCUGCUGGUAAUCUGCUGGAGAUCAUGGACCUGGCCCGCACCCUUCGCCAGGAACAGCUCUUCAUCCAACAGGAACAGUUGGCCUUUGCCCAACUCACUGGGGCCUUGGAAACAAAUGCAGGGACCAUAACCAAGCUGGCCUUUGUGUGUGCCCAGCAGCGGCAGAUCCUCAAUGAGCUGCUCCUGGCGCGGACGGAUCACGACCCACUGCUCUCCUGCCGCAGAGCAAGUGCCUACGACAGUGCCCAGUUCAUGGACGCCAAGCAGUUGCUGCCCUAUGAGCACGCCCUGGCCUACGAGGAUCUGUUCAACUACCUGUAUAAUACACCCUAUUUGCUGGCCCUUUCCCUGGCCACUGCGGAUCGAUUAUCCCUGCUUUCGGCUGGUCAACUUGGCCAGAUUAUCAAUACCAUUGCCACGGGUCUCUAUGGCAAUGGCAUCAACACCAAGGAUGUGGAAUUGCUGCUCAAACUGUUGCGCGAACUGAUCGAGAUCCAAUUGCUGACCAGCGAACAGCCCAGGCGUUUGCUGAGGACCAAUAGCAGCUCCUUUGCCCGCCUGUAUCAGCGACUGGUGGAGAGCCUGUUCUCGGCGAGGAUUUUCCUAACCGCCGCCCUGCACGCUCCGCUGAUGGGUGUGCUAAGUGAGCACGAGAUUUGGCUGGAUCUGGAUCCGCACAAGCUUAUGCAGACCUUUACGCCGAAGGAGCGGGAGAAGCGCUUUGGUCGCGAAGGCGAUGAGGAGUACCAGCGGAAUGUGGCCCGUUUCCAUGCGGAAACGCUGGGAAAACUGCACUCACAUGUCCAGGUUUUUGUGCGGAGUCUCCAGCAGAGUUGGGCACUAUUUCCCAGCUCUCUGCGAUGGCUUCUCCAGACGCUUAGUCAGCAGCUCCGUCAGACGCUGCGCCACGAGGAGCAGGAAAUCCGGCACUUGCUCACCGAUCUGGUAUUCACACACUUCAUUUCACCAGCCAUUGCCAGCGCCGAUCUGCUGGGCAUCAUCGAUGUGAAUGUGAGCGAUCGAAUGCGACACAAUCUCAAUCAGAUUGUGAGAUUGCUGCAGCGACUGGCCCUGAACGAUGAGGACAGCGAACUGGUGCAGCUGAUGGAGCUGCUAAUGCUGGGACAGACUGGCGAGGAUGUGGUCGCCAUACUGCCGCAACAAAGUGACUUUGAGCGCUCCCAAUUGGCCAUCAAUCAAAGGGAACUGGCGCAGCUCGUGGAGUUCUUUCGUCUGCUAACUGCCAGAGAGGAGUACGAUAUAUCCGCCGAGGAGAGACAACGAUUGCAGAGGAUUCUCAGCAGGAUACCCAAACAGCAGCAGCACCAGCAGCCGCAGCAGACGUCGCAAGUGCCCCAGGAUGUGGCCGAUUCCCGCGAAAGUCCCGAGAAGAGCAAGAAAAGCAACAAGAGUCUGAUGAGCCUGGGCAAGGCCACCAAAAAGAAGCUAGCCAAAGGCAUGAGCUUUAGCAGUGGCAGCAGUAGCAACCACAACGCCCCGCUUCCAGUGGAGCCCCUUACCAAUGGCCAGGCCAACACUUCGAAUGGCAGCGGAGGAUUGGGCGCCGAUCUCGAGCAGUGUUCCUCGCACAGCGGCAGCAACACCAGUUUGAGUUCCUGCGGUGCCAACAUUGCAACGACGACAACGACAACGAAUGAUCCAUUGGACAUGUUGUCUUGUUCCGAUCCCGUGCUGAUAUUUAGUAUUUACAAUGCGGCGGCCAAAAGUAAACUAAAGCCAUUGACGGAGGAGGAGGUCUUGAAGAUGAACUGCAUCGGUCAGGAUGCGAGCAGUCUGCUGCCGGCGGUGGUCACCACCGCUCCCCUGGCGCCCUCCUCGAACAACGAUGAUGUGAGCAGUUUGGAGGCCAUGCGGCGGCCACAGGAUGAUGCCUCGAUAGGGAACUCGGACAAUCUGGAGGCCAUCAGCGAGGCGGCGCAUUCGGUGGCCAGUUCGCUGGACCUGGAGGAGCAGCAAGAGCGAGAUGUCCACGAGAACGAGGACAACCUGUCCGACAUGGUUUCGGCGAACGUUUCGGGCCGGGGAACGCCCAAUAUCAGUGGCCGGGACACACCAUCGUCGCAGGUGACCGAUGGCGAUGGCGCUGGCGGGGAUUUGGCCCACCACCAUGGCGUUCAUGCCCGGGUGGCGGCCAAUCCGCAAAUGCAAAAGAUGCUGCUCUCCAAGGCCAGAUCCGACAUCGAGGAUAAGUUCUGCAAGUUCGAGCUGAAAAAAUUCGAGGGGGACGAGAAUGUGAGCAUCAUUUCGGACACUUGGUCCACGGAUGUGCUGGCCUCGGACUCGGAGAACACGCUGGACGCCACGGUCAGCGAGCGCGGCGGUGGCGGUGGCGGCGACAGGGACAGAAACUUCUCCACUCCCCUAAUACCGUCCGCCGUCGUCCUGCCGGGCGACAAUAACUUUGUGGUCGAGGCCUUGGCCCGUGCUGGUCGAGUACCGGGCGUCCAUGGGCCCCAGUUGGAUGCUUCGGACCAGCGAUCGGAGAGCAACUGGAGCACCGAUGUGCUGGCCAGCGAUUCGGAGAAGUUGGCUGAGAUUGAUACGGACGAUAAUGUUUCCAUCACAGCCAAAUCGGAUACAGCGGCACCGCCGGCUGCUGUGCUGGACGACGACGACGACGAGGAUGAGGAUGAGCAGACGCCGGGCAGCAGUGGCGAUGGCGAACCCGAUCCGGAACGUGGCAAUGGCAGCGAGCGCAGCCAGGAGGACUCGGCCUUCUUCGAUGCCGUCAACUCGUAUGACGAUGCCAAUCUGUAUCACGGAGCCUCUUCGCUGGCCCGAAGCUCGGUGCGGACCAGCUACCAUGUGCUGGGCGGCGAGAGUAGCUUCCAGCAGCAGUACAAGUGCAGCGGGGCGGACUCCAGUGGCCGCAAGACCACUCCGCUGAUGGGCACCUCCUGCAUGCGUCGUCAAACGUCGGCGGAGAGCAGCAUAAGCAAUCAAAGCCUCAACCUGGAGGAACCACCGCCACCGCCCAUGGGCAAGCACCAUCAUCACCAUCGGGAGCACCAUCAUCGCGACCAUCAUCAUCAUCACCGCGAAAGGGAGCGAGAGCGGGAGAGGUCUGCGCUCAAGAAGAAGAAACACCAGCAGCAGGAGAAGGAGAAGGAGCAUCGGGAUCUGAUUGAUUUCAGCGACUGCAGCGAGGACAAGGAGGAGCUGGCAAGGAAUAGGGAGGCGGAACAGCCACCGGGUUUGGUGCAGCAACUGCUGGACAUGUUCAGCCAGGAUGAACAGGCCGCAGGAGCUGGCAGUGCCUCAUCCAACGUCGAACAUCGACGCAUCUCCAUCGAGCAACGCUCAGCCAUCAUAGAUGGCCGACGGAAUGGCAUCCUGGCGGGCAGUAUGCGGCGCCACCAGAGCCUCAACUACGAGAACCACGAGAUUAUGCUGAACUCCAUGUUGCCCAAAACCGAUGAUGACAAGCACGAGAUGCUGCUAUGUGUGCAGACCCAGCAAUUGCAGCUCGAUGAGCGCAGAUCAGAAGCGGACGCAUCCGGCGAAACAGCAGCAGCAGCAGCAGCAGUAGCAACAGCAGCUGUAGCAGCAUCUGGAGGAUCAGGGCUGAAGCCACCGACCAAGGCCACCGGGGCCAUACCAAAGAGCAUUAGUUUCGAUGCCAGUGCGGACAAGGAGAAGCAGCCGUAUCAUCGGGAACGGGACAGGGACAGGGAGCGAGAACGCGAUCGGGAGAGAGAUCGCGAGCGUGACAGGGAGCGAGAUCGAGAUCGGGACAGGGAGCGAGAUCGAGAUCGGGAGCGGGAUCACCACGGUGCUGGCAUUUUCAACAAACUGAAGCAGGGCAUCUUCAAGAAUCGCCGGGGCACGAGUGCCAAGAGCAGCCAAGGCAACCCGACCAAUCCUCCGGUGGCCAGCACAUCCAGUGGCGGCCAAACGGAUGGGCGCAGCGUUAGCUUCGAUCCCAGUGCCGGAUGCGACAAUUUCGGCACCCACUACUGUGAUACCAGCGAGGACAUCCUGGCCAAGUACCGCCGCAAGGUGAGCAACUCCAGCGAGGACAUCCUGGCCAAGUACCGCCGCAAGUUGAGCACCUCCAGCGAGGCCACCAACUCCGACUCCACGGGUGGCAAUGGUCAUGGUGGAGGUGGAGGUGGAGAUGGAGGCGAUGAAGGAGGGCAGGGUACUGACACCAUUGGACCAGCUGCCCAUCUACACAAGCACAUGAACGGAGGGCAAAUCCCAGGCGUGGCCUUUGGCAGCGUGAAGCAGAAACUGCGCACAGUGCUGUCGCGAACGGAUCUGCAUAGCGGCGACUUCCGGCAGACGUCGACCACGAGCACCACCAUGGCCACACCGCUGCAGAUCUACCUGCAGAUUCAGCUGGCGCAGUGCAUCAGCCUGCAGAGACUGCCGCAGAUCUCGCAUGUGGCCGAGGCGCUGCGCUGCCUGGCCCAACUGGAGCGGCCGCAGCACGGCCAGCUGCUGGCCGAACUGCAGCGGGACCUGGAGCGACGGCAGAGCUACCUGCAGUACCUGAUGCGCCACCGGCAACAGCUGCUGCUCCGUGCGGAGCAACUGGAGCAACUGGAGGCGCGAUUGCGUGGCGAGUCGCGCAGCAGCCAGCGCUGCUUGCUGCAGGCUCUGGUCCGCAUGUAUCUGGCCUGGACCCGUCAGCAGGAGAAGCUGGACCACUUCCAGACGGAGUUCGGCCAGCUGCGGGCCAGCGAUGAGCGCGUCGAGCUGACCGAGGAGUUUGUGGAGUCGCUGCUGAAGGAGCUGCGCACCAGUGCCGACCUGCAGGACGAGUGGCAGGUGGACGCGGCACGCGUGGCCAUCGAACGCAUGCUGCUGGAGCAGAUGUACGAGCAGGUGAUGUUCCCCAACGAGGAUGCCGAUGUCUCGCGCGACGCCGUCCUCUCCGCCCACAUUGGCAAGCUGCAGCGGUUCGUCCAUCCCGCCCAUCCGGCCCUCUGCAUUGCCCAGGAGUAUCUGGGCGAGGCUCCAUGGACGUUUGCCCAGCAGCAGUUGUGCCACAUGGCCGCCUACAAGACGCCGCGCGAGAAGCUGCAGUGCAUCAUCAACUGCAUUUCGAGCAUCAUGAGCCUGCUGCGAAUGUCCAGUGGUCGUGUGCCCGCUGCGGAUGAUCUGCUGCCCGUGCUCAUAUACGUAGUGAUAAUGGCCAAUCCCCCCUACCUGCUGUCCACCGUGGAGUAUAUCAGCUGCUUUCUGGGCAAGAAGCUGGAGGGCGAGGACGAGUUCUAUUGGACGCUGUUCGGGUCCGUGGUGAAGUUCAUCAAGACCAUGGACUAUCUGGACUAGCGUUGUUGGUUGAGGGCUUAGGUGGCUGUAUCUGUAGAUUUGUUUUAGCGCUUUGUUGUUCUAUGCAUUACACCUAUCCCACUACCAAUCGAUAUUUUCUAUAUUUAUAUCUGUAUAUCUGUAUAGCUGUGUCUGAUAAUUGUGUAAAAAUUUGUUAAACCCUAGGCUACUAUAUGUAAUCCAAUAACAUCUGUGUAUAUGGCACUACGCGAUCCGAGGCGGCAAUCGAUGGGAAAUGCCAAUGCUGAAGAAGAUAUCUUGUUUUAGGUUAACACUGAAUGCUAGGAGGCCUCGCCUUAUGGAUAUCCAUGAUAUAUGAUAUAUAUAUAGUGAACUAGAGAACAUAUUCUUCUAUUUAUAUAUACACGUACAUAGAUAUAUAUAUAUAUAUAUAUAUGUAUAUGCAUGUUUAUCGGAUCGGUCUAGCCACUGUCAUAAGUAUGUUUCGGAAACGAACUGCAACUUAAUAUUCCUUAUUGUGUAACACAAAAUAUAAAAUACAAAAAAAAAACCAAUAUAAUUUCAAA